GGCGCCCCACUCGCCGGACUGUCCCCCGCGGCUCCGCGCGCACCAUGGCGCGUCGGGCCGCCCUGGCCGGGCUGCUGCUGCUCCUCCUGCUGGGCGCCGAGCUGCGGGCGCAGGAUUUGGAUCUGUCCGACGCCCUCGGAGGCGAUGACCAGAAACCAACGAAGGCUCCCAAAAAGCCCAGCGAUGACGGGAACGGCUUUAACCUCGAGGACGCUCUCGGUGGUGGUGGACACGAUGCCCCAGCGUCGCCCAAUGAGCCCAAGCCCAGGCCCAACCAGCCCGGCUCCUCUGGUGGCUUUUCCGACAGUGACCUCCUAGACGGGACUUCGGGAGGUGACGGACACGGCGGUGGCUCUGACGGUGGCAGUCACAGGAACGAGGGACAAGACACUAACUCCCAGGGUGUGGUCCCCGGCAUCGUGGGGGCCGUGGUGGUGGCCGUGGCCGGGGCCAUCUCCAGCUUCAUCGCCUACCAGAAAAAGAAGCUGUGCUUCAAAGAAAACGAUGCCUCCAAGACCUAGGGAGGAGCAGAGCACCCUGUCCAGUCCAGAGCGUCCCGAGGACCCUUGUGCCGCUCCUAGGACGCAGCCUGGCCUAGCGGGCCGCCUCCCCCUCUGUGCGCCCGGGUCCCCUCCCCAGCUAGCGCGCCUCUCUCCUCCCCGCGGGGUCCCCUCCGCAGAUUUCUGUACCCUAAAUUCUCCAUUUCUGGGCCUUCUCGAUGGCCACACGGCACGCACCCAGUGCGCGGGGAGGGACGGGAAGGGAUGGUGUCCCUUUGGAACGCCACAGAGAGAACGGGGCGCGCGGCGUCGCCCUGCUUCCGAGGGUCCUCUGCAGUGGGUCAGCAGGGCGAGGAUCCCUCCGCGCUCUUCUGUGCAGGGACAGCCCUGGGGCGGGGGUCCCUUUGCUCCUGGGGACCUCGCCACUCAGCGCCACUGUCAGCGCAGGGGACUUCUCGGCCCAGGAUUCCUUCCGCGCUGGGUCUGCAGAGUCCUGUCCUGCGUUAUCCAAAAAGGGCGCGGCAGGUGGUGGAUCGACCGACUGUGGUUCUGGUCACCGCCCCAGGGUGGCCACCUGGAUGGCGCUUUUGCUCUUUGGAAGGACAUAUGUGUCCAAAGCAUCCUGGGUUCGGAUCCCCUGAAGCCAGCCCGCGCAAGCGCGCAAGCGCGCAGGCUCAAGUCCCCCAACGCCGAUUCUCAGUACCGCGGAGUGACCGGCCGCUGGUUCUCGGUGGCAUGCUGACCUGGGCUCCGAGGCUUUCGCAGUUUGCAGUUGUUCAAGGGCCAACCCGCUGUGUCCCCUGUCUGCAGCGCAAGCACCCUCUCUGGUCACCACCUGCGCACCUCCCUCAAGUGCGCACCUUGCGUAUACCUUCGGCUCGCUCGCUCUCCUCUUUGUCUCAAGCACGUUGGCUUCUUAACUGUGGGUGUCACUUAGAGGCUGGGUGGGGGUGCAGUUUGCAGAUCUUAGGGUCCCUUUAGGGGGUGCAUCUUUCUGUCGCCGUGAUUACAACCCGCACCACACACCUUUCGGCACGACGGUAUUUGAACCACGGAGGGCACAUGCAUUCAGGUUCUGUGAUCAGGGGACAGGGAGGGCUCGGGUGGGGUGACCUGAGGGGGGGGAGUGAGCCCCCUCCGUGUGGCGUGUAAACGUGUCCUUUGGUGACGGUGCAGAGAACGAAUAAACGCAUUUUAUCCGUGA